UCGCGCACCUGUUUCGAGCAGACGAGAAGAAAAUGGCAAGGAUCCUCCAAAACUCUGUCUUCGUUUUGGCAGUUUUGCUGCCUUUAAUAUCUGCUUUUGGUCGAUUUAAACACGGAAGGCCAAAGCAUGGAAUGCUUGGAGCACCACCAACGAAAGAGAAGUCCAAUCUUCCUCCUGAUAUGUGGUUUGAACAGAAGUUAGAUCAUUUCAACGACGCCGAUCUGCGAACAUGGAAUCAGCGCUUCUUCAUUAACAGUACAUUCUACACUCCCGGGGGACCAGUUUUCUUGAUGAUCGGUGGAGAGGGCGAGGCCAACCCGGUUUGGAUGGUAGACGGGGCGUGGGUUGAGUAUGCCAAGGAGAUGAACGCAUUCCUCAUCAUGUUGGAGCAUCGUUUCUACGGAAAGAGCCAUCCUACAGAGGAUAUGAGUGUUGAUAAUUUGCAGUACCUAAGCAGUGAACAAGCCCUCGCCGACUUGGCUCAUUUUAGGACAGUUAUUGGACAACGGAUGAAACUGGACAAGAACAAGUGGAUCUCAUUUGGAGGAUCAUAUCCAGGCUCUUUGUCAGCAUGGUUCAGGCUCAAGUACCCUCAUCUAGUGGUUGGGGCUAUCGCCACCAGUGCCCCCGUUCAAGCUCAACUGGAUUUCCCAGAGUAUUUGACGGUGGUACGUGACUCCCUAGCGACCAGCCGGGUGGGUUCAAAGUGCAAUGAUGCGAUCCAGAAGGCAAACAAUGAUAUUGACAUUCUCAUGAUGCAUAUGACGGGGUGGCAAACUCUCACCAAAAUUUUCAAUCUUUGUAGUCCACUGAACGGCUCAAGUAUAAAUGAUGUCGCAAACUUCUAUGAGACUAUCGCUGGAAACUUCAUGGAGAUUGUACAGUACAACAAGGACAACAAGGGUUUUGAGGGUGGAAGCAACAACGUCACCAUCGAUACCCUUUGUGACAUCAUGGCUAAUGAAUCGUUAGGCACAGAACUUUCACGUUAUGCAGCCGUGAGUGCGCUAUUGAGCGACGGAGAAUGCGUUGAUGCGUCGUACGAGAAGAUGAUCUCUGAAAUGAGGGAGACCUCUUGGGACAGUGAGGCAGGGGUUGGAGGGAGACAGUGGACAUACCAGACGUGUACAGAGUUUGGCUUCUACCAAACCACUGACACUGAUCAACAACCGUUUGGACAACAUUUCCCUCUCAGCUUCUCCAUUCAAAUGUGUGAGGAUAUCUAUGGCAAGCAUUUCAACAAAACUACCAACCAAGCUGGCGUAAACUUCACGAAUACAAACUACGGAGGAAGAGAAAUUGCAGCUUACAAUAUUGUAUUCCCCAACGGAUCUAUCGACCCAUGGCAUGCUUUAGGCAUCACCAAGUCAACAGAUAUGUACUUGGCAAUCUUCAUAAAUGGUACUGCUCACUGUGCCAAUAUGUACCCUUCAUCGCCAGACGAUCCACCCCAGCUCGCUCAGGCCAGGACUCAAAUCAAAGACACCAUACAGAAAUGGCUCUCACAAUGAUGCAUGGGUAAUUUCACAAGUUUGAGGCAAUAAUCGUGACUUAACAUUUCUUAAAAAACCACAUCUUAUUUCACCAAUAAAAUAUCAGCCAGCAACGAGUCAUACAUGUACAUGUACUAGUAAUGAUUACACUAAUAUUAUAUUUUCUUAUGUACAUGUAUCACUCAACACUGACAAUUUUUUGUUUCAUGAUAUGCUUAACAGAAGAUGAAAAUAUGUCUUCCUCAAAAAAUAGUGAUAUAAAUUUAUAGAAUUGUAUUUGCGAUAGUAUUAAAUUGCAAAUUGAAAUUGUAAUUACCUUUUAAACAGGACUACUAUGUAAUUCUUUAUCAAAUGACCUCCCAGGUUAUUGGAGAUCAGUGCUUCAGUCACACCAAGGAAACUGGCCCUAACCGACCGAUGGUAUGUCAUUGGAAAUAGUGUAAUAGCUUUAGUCGGUCUGGAUCUGGUUUUUGCUUGUGUGACUGCAGCAUAUUAAUAUUUGUAUGCAGGGGCGGAUCCAGGAUUUUUCGAAAAAGGGGAGCACAUUUUCCCCCGAGGAAAUAUUUGACCCCCCCCAAAAAAAAAAUAGUAUUUAACCAAAAAUUAAGGGGAUUUUGUCCACGAAAAAAUUUGACAAGCAAAUAAAAAAGGUCUUCACUUUCAAAAGGGGGGGGGGGGGGAACACUUCUGAUUUAACGGCAUUUUUACAUUACAAAUUUUAAUUGUGCCUCUCAAAGGGGGUAGGGGCACGGGCAGGCUGUGCCCCCCCCUCCCUGGAUCCGCCAGUGUUUGUAUGUUUGUGUAUAUUGCAAAUUUAUUCUAAAUAAUAUAAUCCAUUGUGCUUUAUUGGAGAUUGAAGUAUGUUGAAAAGCUGCAUGUAGCAGCACCCUGUUGCAGGUGGGUGUUUCAUAAAGCUAUUUGUAAGUUAAGAGCGACUUCACAAAUGACUGUUGAUCCUUUCUUAGGAACUACAUCAACAUCGAUGGAAGUCUGGUGUGCAUUGCAUCAUUUCCCGCAAGAACGGAUCACCAGUCGUUCGUAAAGUCGCUUGUAACUGACAAACGGCUUUACGAAACGCCCACCAGGUGUAUCAACACAUAACAUUGAUGGGCUGUAAAAAUGUAUCUAAAAAAAUUUUGAAGAAUUUAGGACAGCUCAGAAAAAGAUAAUAUUUUUGGGUUAUGAUGUGAUUUAAAAUCUUAGUUUGAGUGGAAGAGUGCUUUUCAGGAAUUAGGAAUCUGUUUUUCAGGCAAUAUGAGGUUGUCAUCAUUGCCAUUGCCAUAUUAAAAAAAUAUAACUUUUUCUUAGCUGUCCUUAAUUUGUGUAUAUUAUGUUUCACAAAGAUUUAAGAGUGACUUGGUAUCGCACUUAAAUUUCCAGCCGUGUGCAGUAUAAAAGGCGUCACCACAUGGGUCGAAUCAUGCUAUGAGGACGCACGCUACUGUGUAUGAAUCAAAAAGAUUGUGCGUUACUUAUUAUGUGCAUGCAUGAUACUAAGGAGGUGUUGCAAGAAAAUAUUUGCAAUCAAUCGCAAAUAUUCUGUUGUAAUUUUACAAUUGGUUGAUCACUUUUAACUAAGCAAAUCAGAUGACACUCCUUGUUUCAUGGAGCAGAUUAGCAAUUAGCAACAUGUUCCGUUUAUUAAAAUGUUAUGUUCUAUUCUUUAUUUUUGUCUUCAAUUUAGUAUCGUGUCGUUCUUUUGGAAGAUAAGCAAUCAAUCACCUAUUUGUAAUUAACUGCAAGACAUAUGAUUGAUUUAGGGACCAAGAAUAGACGUGCAUUUGAUCGCAAGUUUCUUGCAACACCCCAUUAGUCAUACUUAACUCUUUGUGAAACACCGCCUGGGGUUAAACAAGGGUGCAACUAUCAGAACACCUUACACAACAUUUCAUUGUCAUAUUUAUUCAUAUAUUCUAUGUUGACCACCAUCGAUUGUGUAUGUUCAUAUUGUUAAAGUACUCUUGUUAGCAUGGUGUUAGCACAACGGGCGCAUCGUGGUCUAGUGGUUCUGACUCUCGCCUUUCAGAGGGUCGCAGGUUCGAAUCCUAGCCAUGGCGUGUUUUCCUUCAGCAAGAAAUUAAUCCACACUUUGCUGCACUCGACCCAGGUGAGGUGAAUGGGUACGCGGUAGGAAGAAAUUCCUGGAAUGCUUGAGCGCCCGAUCAAGGUAGCCGUGCUAAAGCCAGGGUAAUGAUAACAUUAUCAUGUUAAGCAGGGCCUACUGGUAGAACAGUUUUCAGAACUGAAGCGGCUACCCUGGGUAAAAUAUGACAUUAUUAUUAUUAUGUUACUUUGAUGUAUCUGUAUCUCAGGGAACACAACAACGUGAUUGACUUUGGAGAAAUUUGAUGAUGACGAUCCACAGCAUUUAUAUUGAACCAUAUUUAUGUUCAAACAUUCAUAGGCGCAGGCUCAUCCAAUUGAGCUAAUUUCUACACAACUGCAGAAACAAGUGAGAUCUGAGAGAUGAUUUGAGUGAGAAAUUAAAAAAAGUAUGCUGUGCGUGAUAUGGUUUUUUGACAAAUUGAUUUGAGUUUGGUGGUUAUUCAACUUGUGGGAUUACAAACCUCAUUUAAACAAUAGAUUUCCUGGGAUCUCACUUGUACUCUGCAAGAAAUUUACCCACAUGAGUACUGGCAGGAAGUAAUUCCUCAAAAAGCUGUGAGCACCGGCGGAAUCGGUAGACUACAUGUAGCUUAGCAGGGGUAAUAUAGCACCUUAAGCACAUACAUGUAACAAGGUGGAUAUGUGCGCUAUAAAAAUCCUAUAUUAUUAUUGUAGUUGCACUGAUCAAUCCUUUUUCUUCUCUGUGCCUAUGAUUCAUCAUUCACUUUAAAAAAAUUCUCUACUUUUUAAUUUUCUCUUGGGGUUCGUAUGCCUUUAAUAACAGUAAGUGAUUGACCCUCAAGCCUCUUAUGAUAACGAAUAUGGGGCCACUUACAUUGACGAGUGGAUACCAUGCGCGACCUAAAAAACACGUAAAAAGGAUGUCUUUUUCAAGAAAGGGCAUGUUACGUAUGUAAUGUAACGUAAUAUAAGGGUGUCAAAAACACUAAACUUAUGAAAAAAGGUAUCUAUUUUCGCUAGGAAGCUACGUGUUUAGGGUCAAAUUUGCGAUGGUAUAAAAAAUUAGGACUAAAUUGUUUUAUACAGGAUGUACUUUUUGCCCCAAGAGUCAACACUACGUGUUUAGAGUACGAUUUGCGCGAGGUGUGGGAGUUGGGGCUGUACUACACCCAACGAUGUAGGUAAAACCGACGACCGUGACAUAACAACUAAAAUAUUGCUGGACUUGUUUAGGGGUUCAAUUCAGGGAAUUCUUGCCAAGAGUAUCGUUUUGUUUCCAAUACUUGUUAAGGGUAGGGUUUCAUCACACGCCAUACUUGUAAAAGGGGUGCAUUUUCAGAAUAUGGAAGAUACGUGUUUACGGUGCUUUUCGAGACCCCAUGGUCACGCAUGGUAUCCACUCGUCAAUGGAAGUGCCCCCCCCCCCCCGGGAUGGUGCAUGUAUUGUAGAACACAUAGAUUAUGAAAAUUGAUAUUAAUUAUUGCAAUAUUUUAUACGUGUAUGCAAUACAAUCUUUGUGAUUAUGACAAAUGUUGAGGCUGUACAUGUAUCUUUCUUUCAUGUCAGACAAUUAUCAAGUCUGCAACAUGGUUGUAACUUUUUUCUUGAUGGAGUUGAUGAAGAAUUAGUUUUGUUCAUGUUUAAAUCAUUAGCUAGUGAAAUUCAGUUUACAUGUGAAAAUGAUAAAAA